CUAACGCCGUUGGAUUUUACAAAUAAGUGUAUACUGCAAAAGUAGAUGAUGAAGAAUAUAAUCAAACUUCAAGUCCUCAGGACCAACAAUAAACUUUUCUGAGAUCAGGGGUCCAUCGUUAGUUCGCAGAGAAUAAUAUUUGUGUCAACGAGCAGCGAAAAGGCAACCAAGCCUGAAAGAACUAAACACUGCAAAUGAUGUCACGGAACACACAGCUCCACGUUGCACAGACAGAAUUUAUUCGCUGGGUAAAUAUCGAUAAAGAGUAAAUAUGGGUGCAAGUGGAAGGACAGAGACUACAGGAAAGCAAAAGACAUCGCUACGAAAAUGGUGCUUCUUGUUAACCAUUGCAUUCGCGAUAGUUCUGAUAAUAUUUUACUCCUUGCAGAUUAAGCCCGAUAAUAUCAUUCUAAAGGAAAACAUUACGAACUUUGACGAAGAAAAAUUUCGAGUCAUUAAAAGAAUGUUGGAAAACUUGAAGAAAGAGCGUGGCGAACAGACUACAUGGCGGAGUACAGUGACUAAGAUCAUUCCAUGGAGGAAAACGAAGCAGGAUAAACUUGUUCUUCUCUACACAGGGUUUUUCGGCAAUACACCGUGGGGAUGGCUAAAAGAUACCUCGGCUUUCAAUGUUUGGGAAGGCAUGACCUGCCCUUUCUACCGUUGUAGCAUUACCUAUGACAAAUCUUUGUUCAAAAAGAGCGACGCUGUUUUAUUCCAUGCUGAGGAUCUGUCGCCAGGCGCAGAACUAGAUGCUCUACAACUAGCUCGACCCAAUACUCAACGAUGGGUUUACUUUCCCACAGAAAGCCCUGUUAACGUUCCUGAAAGCCACAUAGUAAAUGACGUCUUUAACUGGACUAUGUCCUUCCGACCGUCGUCCGAUAUUUUUAGACCAUAUGGGUUUUACUAUCCAGUAGAUAAAAACUACGAGCGGCCAGAAUCUUUAUUAGAAUUUCUAGAAAGCAAGGACUUGUUGGCGGUAUGGUUAGCGAGUCAUUGUGGAUUACUAAGGGAUAAAUACAUUCGUCGAUUGAAACAAUUCAUGAAUAUAGAUGUGUACGGAAAAUGUGGUUCUGGUGUUGGGGGGACAUCGGGUAAAUGCAUCCAAGACUCGCCCGACUGCAAAAAACACUUGAAACGCUACAAAUUCUUUUUCGCCUUUGAGAACUCUUUCUGUACAGAUUAUAUCACUGAGAAAUACUGGUUUAGUCUUAUGCUAGGGGUUGUACCAGUGGUCUUAGGAGGGGCAUCGUAUGACGAGACAGUAGCCAUACCAGGGUCCUAUAUCAAUGCAAUGAACUUUACCUCAAUCAAAGCCCUCGCUGAGUACCUCAAAAGACUUGAUAAUAACGACAAGGAGUAUAACAAGUUUUUCGAGUGGAGGAAUAAGUACAAGGUGGUGGCGAGUGCGCCCUGGGCGUGCCAGCUUUGUGCUGCUCUCCACAUUGAUCAAAAGCCAAAAGUUCAGGACCACUUGGAUGUGUUCUGGGGGAGGUACCAGCAAUGCGGUAGGAAGGAAGACUUCAUCAAGAAAGUGAUAGAUGAGCAGCCUUUGACACCAAUAAAACACAAGUAUAGCGGGCGGUGAUAAGUGUACCAAAGGAAAUAAAAAAUAAUUAUAAAUAUAUUCUUUAGCUAUGACACAAUUCUGUUUUAUUCGUCUUAUUUUGUCAUGAAUGACAGGGCUCAUCCGGGACUCUUGUUUUUUUUAUAAUCUGUUACAAUAAAAAUCUACAAACAACGCCCCGGAGGCAUUUUUGUUUUAUUUUUCAAAAUUGCGGCCGGAACUUGAUAGAGGUUAAGUCACAUAAGCUGGGAAAAAAUCACAUGAGUGAUCUCGCCUUCUCGUGGUAAACACCCAAAGCUUUCUUCUGACUUUAGAAUGCAACAACAAUUAUCAAAACAAUAUUGUUCCAACAAAUUAUUUUAGCAGUAUAUAAGAAGCAAUUAUAUAGUAACUUGUAUUCUUUAUAACAAAAUAUAAUGACAUCUUCCCCCUAAUAGUUUCUGUUUCUGUAUCGUACCCUCCUCCCUCCUACAGCUCUGUGUCCAUCGAUUGUAACGUUUGGAUUCUCUCUCAAUAAGGCAAGGUUUGGAAUUGUUUCGAUAGAUUUUGGCCCGAUAAUCAGCCCGUAAAUUGCUUAGGACUUUGAUUAUUAGCUGUAUAAAAUGAUUACUUAGAAACAAAGUGAUGAUUACUUAGAACAAAGAAAUUAAUAAGCUUAAGUACGUUUCACGGGCUUAUUAAAACCACUGCAUAAUUGUUCAAUACAAACUUCUUUAACAUGUCUACUCGCAAUUCCAUUUUUGCUUGACAGAAUCAAUAUUUAUAACACGGAUGACUUAAUAGUAAAUUUUCAUUCGUAAAUUAACAUUGUGUUAAAAUUCUUGGCAAAAAAUGCUGGUUCUGAAGUGCAGGUUAUUGGUGGUCAAUGAGCGUUUCUAUUUGAAAUGACGACUCCUAUUAUCUUAUAUGAGGCGAUACCCAGUCGAAUGUUCUUCCUUAUCUAGAAGUGAUGAGGAUAUAUUGUUGGCAAUACUGUAUUAUAUGUUUAUACAAAUAAUGGUGUAAAAAAAAAGAAACUAAUAGAAUUUCUCUCGAAUCGAGUGUCAAGUGGCCUAACCCAGCCACCAGAUUCAGGUUAAGUUAGGUCAAUCAUAUCAAUCAAGAAUAACGUCGAAAAUCAAAAAUCCCACAAAAAUAUAUUUCUUUUGAAAAAAGAAAUGACAGUUUAGUAACUAGGAGUAAUUGAUGUAUUUUUCGUCAUACAUGUCCCUUAUAUAACGUUAAUUUUCUUCCCUUUGUGAUUUUUCGCCUCUGACAUUGUUUUAAUAAUUUAUGAAGGGGUUACACUGAGCUAAGGAUCUAGGAAUCUGCAAAUGAGAUAGACGGUGUCUUUCCCAAAGAGAGACAGAGGGAACGCGAUGUAAAACACUAUCAUGAAGGUUAAAGAAAAAAGUGUCAUAUUGGAAUAU